CGAGCAACACACGAACUUGCCCACUCAGCACACGUGAACGCACACACGCGCUCAGCCGUUACACGGGACGUCGCAGGACUCGCUGGAAAAUGAACCUAGUGGAGCAAAGUGUAGUAAGGACCACCAGCUUGCAGCAUGGACUCUGAAUCUCUGGACAGCUGUAUCCAGAGCACGCUCUCUGCUCUCUACCCUCCGUUCAAGGCCACUGCGGCUACUGUGCUGUGCCAGGUGCUAGACGUGGUCGAGACAACAUACCGCGGGGACGGGCUACGCUACCUCAUCGACUUCCUGGUGCCUGCUAAACACAUCCUACAGAGCAUUCAGCAGGAUGCAUGUUUCCCAUACUCUGGUUUCCUGUUUCGUCAUGAAGGCUGGCCACUGUGUGUCCAUGAGAAGGUCAUAAUCCAGCUCUCCUCAUUGGACUGGCGUGUGCUACGGCCCAGUGACUUCUACUUGCAAGUGACGCUGUCACCCAGAAGUCCUCCACGCAUCACAGUGAAGUGUCUGGCAGUUAGCGGGCAACAUGUGGAGGAGCUGGAUGUGCCUAAGCUAGCAUACACCUCUCUAUUUACCAUGGACUGGCUGGAGUCCAUUAACCGGGAGAGAAGUGUGGUCAAAAAAACGGCCUUGGAACACUGUCUUUUAUCAGCGGAUAAUGAUAUUUUUAGGGUACCAUGGGAGGACAUUGUUCACCCGGAGUUUAUCAGCAGACCCCCCAAAGUAACGGAACAAGGUGUAAGUAGAGGCGUGGCUAAGGAACUUGGGAACAGAGAGGGGAGGGUCUCUGUCAUAGAUCAAGAUGACAACACUGAUGACAUAGAAUGUAGGAUUUUUAUUGACACUUCGACAAACCAAUCAGGGGAGAUGGACUGUCAAAGCAAGGAUGUCAAGCUCCUCCCUGCUUUUAGUGAGAUCAAUAAGGAUAGCAGUGGGCGGAGCUCUAGCUGCACAGCGGAGGAUUCAGAGGGCGAGUACGUGGAGCUAGCCGAUAUCUCCUUACCACGUUUUUCCCCACAGAAAGGCUCUCUCACUCAGGCCAUUAGCAUGAACUACAGAAAUCUACAUAAACCGUAUACUGCAGGAUCCACUCGGCCUAAAUCCAAACCAGCAGAUAGUCUUCCAAAGUAUGGUGCGUGCUCGCAGAGCAUGGUGUGUGCCAUGCUGAUCGAAGAAAAUCUGAAUGAUGCCAACCAAUCUGUGAUCUUAACCCCCACUGCUCCUGCAGAGGCAGAGAGUCUGCACCAGCAGGUGGAAUGGUCUGAGCCCACCUGUGCUACAGGUACAUCCUCCUGUGACAGUGUAUCUAAGCAUGUGUCUGAAAGAGAGUUUUUGUCUCAACAUUCCAACUGUGAUAGUACUCCACUUUCUGAUAUGCCAACACACACUAUAUCACAACCAGACAGCAAACCCAUCAACACAUCACUGCCACAUCACAUAGACAAUGAGCCAGUCAAGACAUCACAAUCAGAUAUCAAACCAGUAAGCACAUCUCAACUAUACAACAAACUACUCAGCACAUCACAACCAGACUGCAAACCAGUCAGCACAUCACAACCAGACUGCAAACCAGUCAGCACAUCACAACCAGACUGCAAACCAGUCAGCACAUCACAACCAGACUGCAAACCAGUCAGCACAUCACAACCAGACUGCAAACCAGUCAGCACAUCACAACCAGACUGCAAACCAGUCCGCACAUCACAACCAGAUGUCAAACCGGAAAGCACAUCUCAACUAGGCAAGAAACUAGUCAGCACAUCACAACCAAACAACAAUCCAGUCAGCACAUCACAACUAGACAGCAAUCCACUAAGCACAACCCAACUCGACAACAUAUCAAUCAACACAUCACGACUAGACAAUGAGCCAGUCAAGACAUCUCAACCAGAUAGAAAACCAUUAAACGCAUCACAACUAGACAACAAAAUAGUUAGCACAUCACAACCAGAGAGCAAACCAAUCAGCAAAUCACAGCAAGACAAUGAGACAGUCAGGACAUCUCAACUACACACUAAACCAGUCAGCACACCACAACUAGACUUCAAAGUAGUUAGCACAUCACAACCAGAAAACAAACCAAUCAACACAUUGCAACUACACAAUGAUCCAGUUAAGAUAUCAAAACCAGCCUACCACCAAGUCAAGACAUCACAACAUGACAGAAAACCAGCAAGAACAUCUCAACCAGAUGAAAAACUAUUUAGCCCUUUGCAACCCAAUAGCAAACCAGUCAACAUAUUACCACCAUAUAGUGAAGUAAACAGCCCAUCUCAACUAAACUGCAAAAUAAUCAAGACAACACAUCCAUACCACAAGCCACUAAACACAUCACAACCAGACUGCAAAUCAGUCCAGACAGUGCAACCAGACAGCGAAGUUGCUCACACAUUACAACCAGGAAAUGAGGUUUUAACUGAUACUUUAGAAAGUGAAGACAUGGAGCAGUCUUCUCCAGCUACUAUUGAACCUUCUGUGUGUGGUGCUGAUUCUGAGCAGAUGAGAGGUUACAGUUGUCUGGAAGGCUGUUCUGAACAGCAGAUCAACAGAGUGUCAGUCUCUGAGCCUCUAUCCAUCAGUGUGUCUUUACAGAAACAGACUGAGCAAUCAGAGCUCAGCCAGUGUCAGAUAUUUACACAUAUCCAUACACCAGCUGAGCAGGAGCAUAUUCCUGCAUGCCAGUCUGUACCCAACUCUCCUGCUGUAAAUGAGAACUGCCAGACAUUUAGUGAUGGUUGCAGUGACAAUAAUGAAUCUAUAUGUGAUUAUAGUCCCAGUGAUGAGGAAAUAGGCAGGCCUGUUUCAGCUGCUCUGCAAAGGGAACAGGUAGACUUGGCCUCCAUCACCACAGUGCCAGGGGAGGAUCUGGUUAUGCCUAUUUCACAUGUUCAGGUGAGGACAGAGCCCUGUGAGGACACAAUCACAGAGGUAGAACUCCCGGAAUAUUUCCAGACAAAGGAAGAACAUGCAGAAAGAGAAGAAGAGGAAAUGUCGCCUUAUAAGAAGGCAGAAAAGGUUAAAAAUGGAAGUAAUAGAGUGACAGAAAGAAAGACAGCGAGGGAAAUACUAGCAGUUAGUGAGACAGUGGAAGUUGAGACUGCUCAAACAGGGCUGGGAGAUACCAUUCCCAAGUUUGCCUCCGUGGCAACAGACACUCGUGUACAGGAGAAGCGCAGCUCCUCUGUUGGGACAGACCUGGAAAAACAAACCAGUGCUGAAGAGAAAGUGGGGGAGGGAGAGGAGGCAAAGGAGAGAGGUAGUGUGACCUUAAGCUCAGAGGACACUGAGUGCGAUACUGUGAGAUGCCCUGUGGUUGUAAGUGAGCAGGAGGCCAUAGUGACCAACUAUUUAAGAGUCAUGUCAACAUGCUCUCAAGUCCCUGAUCCAGCCUCAGAUGUGCCAAUUACAAAUGGACACACACACCCAGAACAGAUGGACAGACACUCACAGGACACACUGGUGAAGGUAGAGGACACACUUACCACAACUGGAGCAGGGCAAAAAAGAGAGGAGGAGGAGGAGGAGGAGAGAAAGGGGGAAAAGGUGAAGAGAGAGGAGGAGAGGCAAGAGGAUGGGGUUGUUUCCACUGUAAAUGGCUCUCCAGCAGAUCAUCAACAGCAAGCAGACAUGGAGUCUCAUUACCAUCAGCAGGAAGAGCCAGCAUCCAGUCACACAGUAGACAAUAAUGUUUGCCACCCGUCUGCUGCACCUUUGCCGGUUAAGAGCCAUUGUGAAGAUUCCUCAGUAGUUCCUCUGCCACUACAGCCCAUUCCCCAGAAGACCCAGCCUGCCCUGAGUGAGGCCCAUGACAUCAACCCUGAUGUCCUGAGCUCAGGAGUGCUCUGCCUCCCUGGAACAAGAGAUAAAUCAGGCCGUGCACUUGUAACAGUGACAAUGAGAAACACUGUCUGGUUGAAUCCACUCUGCAACAGCAGAGAGCUGGUGCGGAUCAUGGUGUACUUCUACACUACACUCAGGAAGGAAGUUAGUGCUCUGGGUUUGACUGUUCUGGUGGAUGCUCGCAGGUGUUCUUCUGUCCCCGCCCUCUUUAAAGCCUUCAACAUCCUCAAGGCUGCCAUGCCUGGAUGCAUCUAUACAGUACUGCUGCUGGCUGACAGAGAUCUGGCUUUACACAUUGAGAAAACCUCUUCUGUACAGGUGGAGCUGUUAACAUCGCUGAAAUCUCUCUAUAAGCAUGUGGACAUCUCUCAACUGCCCACCGAGUUUUAUGGCACUUUUCCUUAUUCCCACAACAGCUGGAUCUGUUUCAGAAUGAGGUUGGAGCAACUGACCAGUCAUUGUGAGGAUGCUGUGAACCUGCUUCAGAACACCAUCAGCAAACUGGAGUCAUCAGCGCUGCCGCCAACAGCAGAGGAGGCCCAGAUUUUAAUGAAUAAGUACAGAGAGCUGAUGAGGACUGUUCUGGAGGACAGCAGGCUGGUGCGGCUACAGCUGGAGGGAGGAGCUGCUCUGUCUCGUCUACGAAAAGAAGAGAGCAGUGUCAGCCUGACCGAAGACUACAGAGAUGCUGUCGAGAGUGCAGGGCAUCUGUAUAACCAGGUGGACGAGCUGGUUCACAGGCUGGUGAUGCUGUCCAACAAAUGCACACAGGAACUGGAAUUCAUCAUGGAGUUUAAGACUCUGGAGGAGGGCUUCAGAGAGGUGAGUCAGUGGAUAGAGGAGGUAGGAGAGUCUCAUCUGCAGACACUGAGUGAGCUGGAAGAUUCAUUGGAGCAGUUACAUCAUAAACAGACUGUCUUCAGAGAAUUUUACACAGCUGCAUAUGAGCACUGUAAGAGCGGUGAAGCUCUGCUGAAGCGUUUAGAGAGGUGGGAGGAUAUCUCCUCCGCGGAACUUCAGGUAUACGAGGUAAAGGUGCGAUCAUUCUGGGUCCAUCUGCGUGAUUUCUCCCAACGAGUUGAAGACACCAAGGACAAAAUUGACAGGACUAUCCGACUCUACGAGUUCUUUGACAAGGCAUAUGAAUGGGCACUAGAGGGCAUGCGUCAUUUGGCGUGUGUUAGUAUGGAGGAGUGCGGCAUAGCUGAGAAGUGCCAGAGCGUGAUCACUUGUUUGGAGACCUAUCACAGUCAGCAUCCACCAAUCCCAGACGCCUGCUUCCAAGAGAUGAAGGACCUUGCUGGGGAGCUGAAAAGUGACCAGGGUCUCAAACAGUGGAAGUUUGCCUGGUCCAAGUGCCAGGAGACCAAGCAGAUGUUUGAGAAAAAACUGGAGACGGCUCUGCGGACCUGCCGCGAGAGCGACUCCAAAUCAGACUGUUCCCGUCAGAAUUCAGAUAGUAACGCCAAACCUCAGGAGCGUAGCAGUAGCCUCUCUUUCUCCUGCCGCAAAGCCUUUAGUGGAGGCUGGGGCCGGGAUAGACUAUCCUCUCAAUCUAGCACGUCUUCAACACCCGGAAGCCCUUCAGGGAUUCACCUUGAUGCCCGUGACUCUGUCCGAACCCCAACAGGAAGUCCCUAUUGCAUUGAGCAUAGAAUUCCCCAUAGUACCCCCGUAAGAUCCCACAGGCUAACGCGUAGUAUCUCUACAGAUGAAUCUAAUCAACCACUCCAUCUUGUGGGGCAAGCAAGUGCCUCCUCAUGCUCCAUCAGCCCAAGCCUCUCCUCUAUCGCACCAAACCGCAGGGUUCUGCGGAAGACCCAGAGCUUUGAUACAGCCGGUAGCGAGUGUGUGUCACGGUACGGGACCUGCCAGCGAACUCUGAGUGAGCCAGCACGGAGAGGUAACACAGGGGUGUUUAUUAAGGGUCUAGAGGUGAGCAGCACAGAGGUGGUUGAUCGGCCAUACAGCCCACGACUGCCACCCAUUCACGGAUGGUCCUCUCCUGACCACAGCGGGAGUCCUGCUCAGGAAGCACGCGGCAAGGGCAGCAAAUUACGUCACAUUGUGGAUGAGAUGGUCACAACAGAGCGGGAGUAUGUGCGUUCUCUGCGGUACAUCAUUGACAACUACUUCCCAGAGAUGGAGCGUGCCGACCUGCCACAGGACCUGCGGGGAAAGCGCAGCGUCAUCUUCGGGAACCUGGAGAAACUAGUGGACUUCCAUUGCCAGUAUUUCCUUAAAGAACUGGAGAGCUGCUGUAACCACCCACUGCGCGUCAGCCACUGCUUCCUACGACAUCAGGACCAGUUUAGCUUGUACGCCUUGUACAGCAAGAACAAGCCAAAGUCAGAUACACUCCUGGCCAGCCAUGGAAACAGCUUCUUCAGGCAUAAGCAGUUGGAGUUGGGGGAUAAGAUGGACCUGGCGUCGUACCUUCUGAAACCCAUCCAGCGCAUGAGUAAGUACGCCCUGCUGCUGAAAGACCUGAUCAAAGAUGUGAGUGAGGUCCAGGAGCAGGAGCUAACGUAUCUACGUGCUGCCACAGAGAUGGUCAAAUUCCAGCUUCGCCAUGGCAACGAUUUGCUCGCCAUGGACGCUAUCAGAGACUGUGAUGUGAAUCUAAAGGAACAGGGGCAGUUGGUUCGUCAAGAUGAGUUCACGAUAUGCUAUGGCAGGAAGAAGUGCCAAAGACACGUGUUCCUGUUUGAGGAUCUGGUACUGUUCAGCAAACCUAAACGCAUAGAGGGCGGCCUAGAUGUUUACAUAUACAAGCAUUCUUUUAAGACGGCCGAUGUGGGUAUGACGGAGACAUCGGGUGAGAGUGGUUUGAGGUUUGAGAUCUGGUUCCGGAGGAGAACUUCAAAGAACCAGGCCUAUAUUCUCCAGGCCAGCAGUGCCGACAUCAAACAUGCCUGGACCGCUGACAUUGCACGGAUACUUUGGCAACAGGCUACGCGAAAUAAAGAAAUUCGAAUGCAGGAGAUGGUCUCUAUGGGGGUGGGGAAUAAACCCUUCCUGGACAUUAAACCCAGUGAUGCUGCUAUCAACAACAGGGCCAUUGACUACAUAAUGAAAGGCAGAGGGGCCAGAACACGAGCCUCCAUUGCUGUAUCUCUAUUUGACCAUUCAAACCCAUUCAAACGAGCUGCAGUCAACACUCCUGUUAGCGGGUCCCCAGUGGCCAGUGGUCCCUCCUCUUCCACACUCCUGGGGCCUUUGAAUCUCCACAUGUAUAGCAGCCAAAGUCUGUUAGCAGGGGAGAGACCUCUUAUCAGUCCCUGCAUCGAGGAAGACGAACUGGAACAUGAGACCAGCAGUCAGCCGUCAAUGACUACAGAGAGUUCAGGUUCGUCGUCUCACUGUCUGACUGGUAGCGGCUCGAGUGGCUCAGACAGCGGAUGUGUGUCCAGUCACCUGCCUGAGGCUCUGUCUGAGGAACCCAGCUCACCAUGCGAUGACUCCUGUUACUCCUCAGUCACCUCUCCCACCCAGCAGAAACCCUGCUUUAACAGCCAGUACAUCUCAGCAGUAGAAGCUCAAGUUCUAGGUCCCUCUACUAUAGUGUAAACUCAUGUAACCACUGCUGCAGUUUAAUAUCUGGCUGCUUGAGAACGAGAAGACAGCGUUGCCACUCAGAUGAGGAGUACAGAGUUAGUAUUUAUUGUUCCUGAUGAGUGCCAGCAAAUCUCGUCGUACACGGAGUUUAAAAAGCACUCGAAAUAGCACUGUUUCCUCUUUCUUUGUUUAAAGCCACUUUUAGCUUCAAUAGCUUUUAUAUAAAUUUAAAAAUGAUCUAUAAAAUGGAAUACAUAUUCUUGUAUUUAUCUUUUCAAAUGUUUAGAUACAGUGGUGUUCUUUGCUGUAUUAUUAACUGUAAAUAAUUCCUAUAGUAGUGUACAAUACAGGUCUGAACUGUUUCAGUUAUUCAGUUCCCACAUUUUUGUUGUUGCCCACUUUGCUGCAGACUGCAAUGGAUUUGAUUAGAAAAAAAAUGCCUUAAUGUUAAAAGGCAUGUGAAAAUUAGUAUCAAAUUAUAUAGAAGUUAUUGAGCAAUGUUCAAAGCAUUUUGAACAGUUUUUUCUGUGUUCAUUACAGUUUCCUUAAUGACUGUUCCUUCUUUUCAAAUCUGACUUGUGGUCAGUCGGUUCAGUUUGGACAUUAUUAUGCAGAGUCAUGUGCCUCUCCAGGUUAUGAUAGCUGGAUUGAGCCAGAAUCAGAUUUAUGUAGCCCAGACUCAGGAGUCUUCAGAACAUUAACUAAGAUGUUAAGACUGGCUCUGCCCUGCACUGCUGCUCCUAGGUGCUGGGGAUUGCUGCUGCCUGUUUGGAGAUGGGAGAGAAGUUUUUCAUUUCAUUUCUCUUAUUUACAUUAAUAAGUUUAACAAAAAACAUGUACAUUGUUUGUAAAUAGUUGCACCGAUGGUGCUUUGAGGACAUAGCGUUUAGGAUGUGCGCUAGGUUUAUACAUGUUCAAAGUAGUUAAAAUGGGAAUCACUAAAGUGCCGAUCUUUGUCUAACACACAUCUGAAGUGUACAACAAUAAAAACAAUAAAAAAAGCAUUGCAAGUUCCACUCGUAGAUGGAGCAUAAAUGUGUGUGCACAUGUUCAAGUUUCCAAUCUUAACAAGUUCACACAGAAGUAAUAAAGAUUGAUUGCUUUGUACUGAUAACAGAAGUGAGCUGAUCUCAUUAUUUCUUUUUACAAAUAUCUCACAUACCCUUAAGGCUGCUAUUCAGUUUCUGCACUGAGCCAAUAAACAGAUUCAAUGUUGUUAAUGAUGUUACUCAGCUUUAGGGCCUCAAACGGUAUGAGGUUUAUAAGCUCUCCCAAAUACCUGUAAACACUUGCACGAUGAGAAAUGAUGCUUAGUGAAGUUUACUGUACACUUGUUGCCUGAGGAGCUCUGGCUCUUCCUGGGGAAACAGUGUAUGUCUGGAGAUAUGUUUUUUCACACACUCUGCGUACCUAGAUAAAUCAAUGAAAUGUUACUCAACCAAUCUCUUUAGCUUUGAGACAGCAACUUGUUGGUCACACUAUUUAAUAUUUAAAUAGAUAAGCAACAGACAUGCAAGCAUGCAUUGUCUGAGGUGUCUGUUUGUGCUGCUUUUGUGUCUUCAAACACAUAUCUCUCAGAAACCUCUGCACAAAUUGAACCACAGUAGUGUCAACAGAGGGGAAAGAGAAAGAUCAUUGAGAGCACUUAAGAAACAGACUUCACUGUUUGUGACAUAAAUGAUCUCCCACUUCUUCCAACUGAUCACAUGUUGUUCUUUACACACAAACUAAAUAAAACUAU